AUGGCGGAGGCAGAGGCAGCGAAGCCAACGGCUGGUGCUGGGGCCUUCAGGAUCGAGACUGUGCCGGAUGCUCACGUCGAGAGGCUGAAGAAGAGUCCGUUCAAGAGGCCCCUUCCUCGUCGCAAAAGCUUUCUCGAGCGCAACCCCGAGCUCCGAGAGGUUAUCCUGAGAACGGAUGCUGAGAGCAAUUCGCUCAUCGACUUGCAGGAGGAUAUCCUGAGGCAGUUCGAGGAGAAGGGUUGCGCCCAGGUUGGGGUGGAGAUCAUGGACUGUGGAUGA